UGCAUAUUUCUUAAUAUUUUUUAAUGAUGUGAAUGAUAAAUGAAACGCCGAAUAUUCUAUCCAGCAUAUAAGAGUCGAAAGCAAACAUAGGUCCAUGAUGCUCGCUUUGCAACUACGACUGACUGCUGAACUUUGUACACACGACUGUACUACAAAUAUUCUAUUGCAAAAUUUGAUUAUAGUUUAUUCUUUAAAGUGACGUUUAUCAGCGCGGUCGCAUAUUACUUAGUAAUUUUUUUUAAAUUAAUUCUUAAUUUUUUAUACUGUGUAUCCUUAUUGUGCUGUAUGUAUAAUAGAAAUAUAAGUUUUAUUUAUGCAAACAUAUCAAAAAUAAGUUUUAUAAAAUUGUCCAAAAAUGGUUUUAAAUGCGUUUUGUACGUGUCUUCGGAUAUGGUUAGAUAGUUUGAUAGAUUUCAUGUUCGGACUGUUCUGGGAGGGCCAGCGGCGACCCAUCCCCGACCUGGACAUUCGGCAUCACGUGCUGACAGAGAGUGCGGUGGCGCUCGCCGCCAAGAUCAGGAAUAAAGAACUGAAGUCAGUCGAUUUGGUGGCCGCCUGUAUUGAACGGAUACAAAUCGUUAACCCGAUCGUCAACGCGGUGACAGACGAGCGUUUCGAAGCAGCUCUGAAUGACGCUCGUGAAGUCGACGCACUGAUCGCUGAAGGGCAGUCCAAGGAUUACUUCGACAAGAGACCCUUUUUAGGCGUCCCAUUCACGGUAAAGGAAUGUGCGGCAGUGAAAGGCAUGUUGUGCACGCUGGGUUUGGUUUCCCGGCGCCACAUCCGUGCGAAUGAGGAUUCAGAAUCCGUGAGGCUUCUGCGGCUGGCUGGAGCCAUACCUGUAGCGGUCAGCAACAUUCCUGAAGCUCUUAUAUGGCAAGAAACGCGUAACAACAUAUACGGACAGACCAACAACCCUCACCACACGGGGCGCACGACCGGGGGCUCCAGCGGCGGCGAGGGAGCCCUUUGUUCAGCCAUCGCAUCUCCUAUCACUCUCUGUUCUGAUAUCGGAGGAUCGACUCGCAUGCCAGCUUUCUACUGCGGGCUCUAUGCAUUGAAUCCCACUGCUGGGUACACCAACGUGAGGGGACUGGCGUUAAGGACAGGCGAAGAACCCACAAUGGCAGCGGUCAGUUUCGUGUCAAAACAUUGCGAGGACCUGGCUCCUCUCACCAAAAUCGUGGCGGGGAACAUGGCGGGGCAACUUGGAUUCGAUAGGACUGUCGACCUUAAGAAUAUCAAUGUGUAUUACGUGGAAAUGACUCAGGAUCCCCACGUCAGCCCCAUCAGUCAAGAAUUAAGACAGGCUAUGAGGAAGGCAAUGGAAAAACUAUCAGAGGUGAACUCCUCAUCCCCGACACAGUACUACCACGAGGGCUACAACCACAUGUUCACUCUGUGGAAGUACGGGAUGUCGAAGGAACCUGAGAAAUUCCGUCGACUCGUGAAGGGUUUUAAAGGAGAGGCUAAUGGAUUUAUAGAGUUGGCUAAGAAGUUGGUGGGACAAUCGGAGCACACGUUAGCCGCCAUUUUGAAGAUGUUGGACGACCACAUCCUACCGCUGCCAGACGAGAAAUGGGCGGAAUCGCUUAUAGAUCAAAUGAAAACUGAUUUAGUGAGCACCCUAGGGACAGAUGGCGUGCUGUUAUUCCCUAGCGCGUCCCACGUGGCACCUCACCACUACUCGCUACUGCUGCGGCCCUUCCAAGCUUCCCACUGGGGCAUCUUCAACGUUCUGAAGCUACCAGUCGCUCAGGUACCACUCGGCUUGAAUAAAGAUGGCCUUCCACUGGGCAUCCAGGUCGUGGCAGCGCCGCUACAGGAGUCCCUCUGCCUCGCAGUGGCAGACUACCUCGGCAAACAGCUCGGUGGAUACAUACCACCUUGUAAAAUACAACACUCAUAGUUGUCUAAAGCUAUCUCUUAUGUUCGCGUGUUCCCGGUUAGAUUCGGAGCUGUGGCGCCUCAAAGCCGUAAAUAAAAUUGCCAUUAAAUUGGAAGAUUUGGCUAUGAUUUUACAACCGGCCGCCCGCUUGACGUCAACCCUCUUUGGGAAUGCUAUUGUUGACUAUCAGCUGGUUAAGGCCUUGCGUCCCUAAGUCGCCUCGUACGACAUCCUCGGCAAGAUAUGGUCCAAGAUAGUGGUCCUAUUCUAGGGCGGAACCACACGCCACGAUCAUAGUUAAAGGCUAACUAGGGAUAAAAACUAGAAUUUUCAAUAAUAAAUAUUCUGAGAUCUCUCGCA